GGGCGGAAUAAUUCUACUCCAGUCCGUAUAUUUGAUUAUACCUGCAUAUAGGCAAACUCUAAUCGAUCUCACCAUAUUUACAAAUUGAUAAAAGCCGGCAAAAUGGUAGAGCAAUUUCUAGGAAAGAAAUACAAACUCUCUUCCAGCGAAAAUUUCGAUGACUUCAUGAAGGAACUGGGUGUUGGUUUCGUGACCCGCAAAGCUGGAGCCGCAGUUUCCCCUGUGGUGGAUCUGCAGAAAGAUGGAGACGAGUACGUUCUGUCGUCGGUUUCGACGUUCAAGAACGUCGUGGUGAAAUUCACGCCGGGAGUGGAAUUCGACCAGGAAACGCCCGACGGGCGUAAAGUCAAAGCCACCAUAACGAUCGAUGGGAACGUUCUGCACGAGGUGCAGAAGGACGCCGCAGGAAAGGAGACCACCAUAGAUAGGACUUUCACGGAGGACGAAAUCAAAAUGGUAAUGUCUUGCAACGGCGUUACGGCGACGAGAAUCUACAAAAUACAAGGUUGAUUUAUGGAAAAGUAUCCGAUUCUAUCGCAUUGCACUGAACCAGUUAUUCGAUUAAAUUCCAAUUAGUUGUAUGUAUAUUUUAAACCUUAUGAAUUUUGUAAAUUUUUCAUGUAUGGGAAAUAAAAAAUAAUUCGAUGAGCAAAUGCGGAUUUUUUU